CACUCACCUCUGGGGUAUAGAAAGAUGCAGAAUGCAUUGGAAAUCGAGAGUUCUAUGUUCUCAUUAAAAUUUUGCUACCUAACUUUCUGCAAGCUACCUGCCUUCCCUGGGCCUCAGUUUCCCUCCCUAUCGAGCCAGAAGAUCUCUAAGACCCCCUCUAGAUCUGCCCUGAAAGCCUGUCUCUUCACCCGAACUCCUUCCCUAGUUCAGAGAACACAAGCAUCCAGCUGCUGCACCCCAGCUCUGGGUAAACAGGAAGCUGGGUGAGGGGAGCAGGGGUGUGUGGAAAGUACCAGCCAGGUGUGUGAAUCUAUGGGGGAAGGGGUGGCCCCACCCCUGAGGUAUGAAAGCCCCCCUGCCCUGGCCCUGGCUCAGUCUCAAUGGGGGCACUGGGGCUGGAGGGCUGGGGGAGGAGGCCCCAGGGGAAGGGCUGCCUCCUGCUGGCUGUGGCAGGAGCCACUUCCCUGGUUACCCUGCUACUGGCUGUGCCUAUCACUGUCUUGGCUGUUCUGGCCGUGGUGCCCCAGGAGCAGGGAGGACUGGUAACAGGGAGCACAGACUCCGGGGCACAGGCCCAGGCCCAGGCCCAGGCCCAGCAGCGAUUGGGGUCCCAGGAACUGCCGGAGCAGGACAUAGAAACAGAUCCCAGCCCCAGGCUCCCCGCCGCUCACCUCAUAGGCGCGUGGACGCAGGGGCAGGGGCUGGGCUGGGAGGCGAAGAAAGAAGAGGCGUUUCUGAGGAGCGGGACACAGUUCUCCAGCGCCGAGGGGCUGGCCCUCCCGCGGGACGGCCUUUAUUACCUGUACUGUCACGUCGGCUACCGAGGCCGGGCGCCCUCUGCGGACAGGGACCCCCUCGGCCCCUCGGUCACGCUGCAGAGCCGGCUGUACCGGGCUGGGGGCGCCUAUGGACCCGGGACUCCCGAGCUGCUGCUCGAGGGCGCCGAGACCGUGAGCGUGGUGUUGGACCCGGCCAGGAGGCUGUGGUACACCAGCGUGGGGUUCGGCGGCCUGGUGCAGCUCCGGAGGGGCGAGAGGGUGUACGUCAACAUCAGUCAUCCCGAUAUGGUGGACUACAGGAGAGGGAAGACCUUCUUUGGGGCGGUGAUGGUAGGGUGAUGGUGGGGUGAUGGUCGCUCAUGUUCGGGGGAAUAGUAGAGUGUGUGAAUCAGCCCAGAUAUUGGGGACUCAGACGCCAGGGACCCCGUGGCUGUGGGGAAAAUGUAGGACACUGUUUGGAAACUGAUUUUGAGCCUGAUGAAAAUAAAGAAUGUCAAGCUUUACUGCUGCCAAGACAGA